AACUUAUUGAAGGAUUGGGGUUGGGCCCUAAAGAUAGCAGAUGGUCAGGAAGUUCAUAGUAUUUUCCAUUUUGGCAUUUUAUACUGCUCUUUAUCACAGCUGCAGCAGUAGUGCCUUGAUCAUGCCUUUUGAUGUUUCUCCAACUAAACUGGAAUGUUAAAUUCAAGUAUAUUUGAGUCAGAAGACAAAGCUUCCAUUUCUUUUUGAUUGAUAGACUCAAACUUGUUUGCUUUUACCUUUGAAAUGAGGAGUUGUUCCGAAGAUUGAUCACUCAUGUCUUUAACUAACCUGUUAUCAAUUCUUCAUCCAUCUGCUAUGUGCGAGCUUUAGGCCCAAUCUCAUUUCUCUCAGCAAGAAUGAGGCCCCUCGUCCGCCAUUGUAACACAUCAUAAUGACCUGGAAUACCCGAUUCCACGCGCUAUGUGCUUCUCUGCUCUCAUUUUGAUUAUUUAUGUGCUGCCUUUCGAAUAUGGAAGAAAAGAUUUUAAUUACCAAGGUAGAGACAUUUUGUACUAGUUUGUAAAAUUAGACUUGAACCUGCCAUUUAGCUUUAAGUUGUAACUGCUCAUUGAUUAUUGAAUCCUAUUGUGUGUAGAUCUGUAUUACCUAAAACCAAAUUGAUAUAUAUUAAAAAAAAAACUUAAUUGCAGUUACUUCAAAUAAGUUAAAGAUUAAGGAUUAAAAUGAACACAAAUAAAAUGUUUGAGACGUAGGAGAGAUUACCGAAAUCAAAUCUCAAGUCUCAACCCAUUAGCUGCAUCCCGCUAGUUUCCCGCGGGUGCAAAAAAAUUUUGAAAAGUGAAAACUUCCAAAAAUCUUGGCGCCUAAACACAUAAAGAGAUAAAAUUGAAGCAAAAAAAUUUAGUUACUGACCAAAACUAGAAAAACAGUCCUCAAUUUUUCAAAAAUGGAGAUCAAAUUCUAAAAAUUGAAGCAGAAAAAAGAAAAGAAAGAAGCAGCGGUUGAAGAAGAGAAGAACGAGAAAAAGGAAAUGAAUUCAAAGCAAACCCCGACAAGGGUCUUCGGGCAGUACUCUAUUGCUGCAUCCUUCCUCUCACGCUCUUCCAAUUCUUCUGAGGAAUUAAAAGAGGAUUCGCGUAACAAAGAUUCGAAGAAGUUUACGUCGUUAUCAGAUUUCCUGAACCGAAAGCUUCCCAGAAGUUCUGGUAUUCCCAAAACCGUACAGGAGAAAUCAAGCCCUUUCUCAUCGCUAUUGCUUCGGAAAGAAGGGGAGUGUGUUAAUAAGCAGAAUGAGAGCAAGAAAGAAGAGGAAACGGAGAAAAAAGAUGUUCUUGAUAAAGUUGUUUUUGAGCAGUUUAAGCAAGAUAGCACUGAGCAAGUAGAUUGUAUAGUAAGUUCAGGUGGUGAAGAAGAAAAGGAAGGAAAUUCAAGAAAAAGACAGAAUCCAUUUGAAGGUUUAGUUGAAGAGCGCAGAACACGAAGGCCUUUUCUAGUUUUGGGAGAUGAUCCACCAAAAUCAAAGAAAAGAGGAAGAAGGGAGUGUUCUCUAAGCAACAAGAAACCAAAACCCCAUUAUAAUCACUAUGCAAAUGGUUGUGGCUGGUGGGACUGUGACAUGGAAGGUGUUGACAGUGAGGAAGUAGGCUCUGGUGAAGUAUGGGAAGCGGUGGGCUCUACAACAUUUGGAGGAAUAGUAGACUGGCAUUAAUUUUGAUCAGUGUUGCAGUAUGUUUAAAACUUAAGUGAUCGAUUGCCAAGAGAUGUUCAUCAAGUGUUUUUGGGUAAUGAUGAAUGGUAUCUCAAUCUCUCCUCUGUUUUGUAUCAAUAUACUAUGAUUUCUCUAGAUGCAGAAGUUCAUAUUUGAGUUUUGUUCUCGGGUGCAAAUGGUUGUGGCUGGUUUGUUCUCUGAGAGUAGAUAUUCCAAAUCUGAUCAUGUCACCACAGUAAAACAUGUACAAAUUUAGCUUCUUUUAUAAAAGCAACUAACAGUUUC